AUAUACAUACCGUCAUCGGCUUUUACCACCUUGUAUGCAUCUCCAUCUACUACAUAACCAACGGCAGAUUCGCAUACUCGAGAUGCCAAACUGAGUGACGUUAUUUCCCUUGCACCCUCUCAUUUCUCUUUCUCGACAUAAAUCAUUACCAAAACCACGCAAGACACCCCCCACCAACUACCAAAAUGUCGUCUCCUGUGUGGUUCAUCACCGGCGCCUCCAACGGCUUCGGCCUAAUCCUAAGUCUCAAAGCCCUCAAAGCAGGCCACCGCGUCGUCAGCUCCGUCCGGAACAAAACCAAGUCCGCAGACGCAGUAAAGCAGAUCGAGGACGCCGGCGGGCAAGUCAUCGAGCUGGACAUGACGGAGUCGAAAGCCAGCAUCGACAAGAAGAUCAAAGCCGUCGGCCAAAUCGACUACCUGAUCAACAACGCCGGCUUCUUCGUCCUCGGCGCCGUCGAGCAAGCCACCGAACAAGAAGCCCAAGCCCAGCUGCAAACGAACUUCUUCGGGCCGCUAUACGUGCUACAAGCCGCGCUCCCAGGCAUGCGCGCGCGGCGCAGCGGGACAAUCGUGAACCUCAGCAGCAUCGCGUGCAAAGACCCACAACCGACAUCCGGGCUCUACGCCGCAAGCAAAGGGGCGCUGGAGGCAAUGUCCGAGUCUCUCGCGGGGGAAGUAUCCCCGUUCAACAUAUCCGUGCUAAUAGUCGAGCCGGGCGCCUUCCGGACCAACUUCCUCUCGGCGUACCAAGCGCCCUCAGCGGCGCUGCCCUCGGGCUACGAAGGCACGACGGUGGACAAGAUGCGGGCGCACUACAGCGGGAGUUCCGGGAAGCAGAUCGGGGACCCGGGGAAGGGGGUGGACCGGAUCUACGAGGCGGUGACGGGGGAAGGGCUGGCGGGGAAGUUGAAGGGGAAGGUGUUGAGAUUGGUGAUUGGACGGGACUCGUGGGAGCGGAUGAGGAGGAACAAUGAUAGGUUCUUGGCCGACUUGGCGGUGCAGGAGGAUGUGGCUCUGAGUACGGAUUUUUGAAGGUGAGGUUAGGGGAUAGGGGAUAGGAGAUCGGGGAUAAGAGGAGUUAGUUAGGUAGCUUGGAGGUUUGUGUUGGUGUUG